CACUUCGUUUUCGCUGACUUUAUCGCUGCUCCUGCUCUCAUCUGACCCGCUGUGUCCUCUAACUCCAGAGAUCUGUCAGCCGGUCAUUUAAGGACAAGAUCGUCAAAACCAUGGUUUUUGAGGAGAAGAUGAUCAUGAACGGAGAGCCAGAGGAUGAGGAGGAAGAAGAGGAGGAGGAGGAGGAAGAAGAUAUGGUGGAUCCCAUUGAAGCUAUGCGACAGAAGUGUGAAGAGACAGAACACUGCGCUCACACGCGGGAGCGCCUAGAACAGUGUGAAACCAGAGUUGGCUCUCGGUCUGCGACUGAGGAGGAUUGUACUGAGGAGCUCUUCGACUUCUUGCAUGCUCGGGACCAUUGUGUGGCGCAUAAACUGUUCCACUCGGUCAAAUGAAGUCCCUCCUGAUUGUUCCACCAACGACUGAUGGCACUCUACAAGCAAUGAAUGGCCAAGACAACAUGGUUUUAAAUACAUCCAUAUGUGGACCUGCUGUAUGUUGUAACUUUAGAUGUGUACUAUACUAUAUUUACUGAUGUGAAGAUACUUAAGUAUUUAACGAGGUAACCUGAGGCAAAAUCCAUUAAAGUGAAUGGCUGUAGAACCUU